CUUAUGUAAAGGUUAGCGGGCCCGGGGUAGACAAGUCACGACGCAUCUUAUCUCUGGUCACUACUUCUUGACAUGAACGCAAAACCGUUAUGGCCUCCUAGGAGUCACGCACUCAAACUCCUCCAGAAAAUACAAAAGCAUGAGUCUCCUGUGGAGCUCGAUGAGUCUCCUGUGGAGCUCGUGUACAUGUCCCAUGAGCGCUGGCCCUGCCCUCCACUACCUAUUCACCCGCAACGUAAACUUGACACCAUUCGUGUAUCUGUCUUAGACUCUUCCUUCAAUCCACCGACAUAUGCCCACCUUGCUCUGGCAAACUCUCGACCUCCACGGUACACCAUGAGAUCCGGUCUCACAGGCUUAGCUCUGGAAUCAACGGUUGAGCUCGAUUAUGAUGCAAGGCUGCUUCUGCUAUCCGUGCGGAACGCUGAUAAAGCACUGAAACCUGGCGAUGCAACAUAUGAACAGCGUCUGGAGAUGAUGUACCUCUUAUCAAAGGACAUAUCAGCAUCCGUCUCGCAACUCCCAGAGGAUACAUCCGAGUCUGCGCAUGCCAACAUCGCAAUAGCCAUCAUUGAUGAGCCAACAUUUGUCGGAAAAGCUACAGUUCUUCGGCAGUUCCUGCGUGCGCGGAUUUCGGGCUUGUAUCGUCCGUCAAGUGCUCUGGACAGAAUGAUGACACCUCCCACCUCUGGAGAUAUAUCAACACCCGGUCCACGCCUCACAUUCCUGAUUGGCUUUGAUACUCUUGUCCGCCUCCUGUCUCCGAGAUAUUAUGCAUCUGAAGCUGCGAUGAUGGAUGCUCUUCGUUUCUUUUUCUCGCCUGUGGGAGAUGAUUGCUAUGUGGUAUGUGCACGACGGAAUAUGGAAGAAGUGGAGCAAACGGUGCAGGCGGAAGUAGAAGCGAGGACUUUAUCCGCGGCAAAAGAGUUUGUGGAGAGCGAGCGAGUUGCGUUGAUUGGCAUAGGGGAUGAUGAGCAAACCAGUUCAAGCCAAGUGAGAACAAAGGUCGUCCUUCAGGACGAGACGUGGAGGAGACUCGUUACUUCAUCUGUUGCUAACUAUAUCAUUCAGAACAGUUUGUACACUUCAGCAUCUACUUAAAUAAUGCUGCUGGAUGGCACUCUACCCACGCAUUUGCACACACCCUUGAAAGCGAAGAAUUCUAUUACGUUACCAGUCUACUCUAUGUUACAACAAACGGAUAUCGGUUUCAUUCUGAACGAGUAAAG